UGCAGCGCGCGGAGUGCAGCAGGCGGAAGGCCGCGGGCCGGUGGGUCGUCGACUCUGGGCGCCCGCCGUCCGCCGGCCGGCGUCCUGGCCGCGCGCUCGCCGCAGUCAGUCAGUCCGCGUCGACACUCCGCCAGAGCCACACCGAUGAUAGGAGGAGCGUCGGAUGCGUCGCGUUGUGUCUGAGGCGGGUGCAGCCGGCGGCACGCGUGGCGCGCACGUGCCGGCUCGGCACACGCGGCGUCGGCGCUCGGGGCGCGCGCGCCGGGCCGCCGGUGCCGCUCGUCAGCGCAGUGCCGCUCCGGCGGGCGAGGAGCGCAGCGAGCCGCACGCGCCGGCAUGCGACCAUAGCGGGAGCAUGCGGCUGCCGCUGUUGCCGCUGCUCGUGCUGCCGCUCGUGCUCGUUCGACCGGCCGCAGCCGGUAUAUGCUGGUCGGGCAUGGAGCGCGGUGGUCGCUGCAGCUCUGUUGCAGCGCUGCGCGUUGGACGCGCCGAGUGCUGUGCGAGCGGAGCUCGCGUCCCCGCAGCCUGGAGCCCCAGAGAUUUAGACAGUGGGGAGAUUUUCUUCUACAAAGCGCUAUCCGGCGGUGUCCCGUGUACUGCAUGCGCUGAAUCGUGUGCGGGUGUAUCUUGUGGCGCUGGCCGUCGCUGUGUCGUGCGAGGCGGUCGUGCCCGAUGCGUGUGUGCGGCAAGCUGUCGACGAGCGGGACCCGUAUGUGGCAGCGACGGUCGCACGUAUCGCUCGCUGUGUAGACUAAGACGACGAGCCUGCCGCCGCCCCGCUAAACAUCUGACCCUCGAUUACCCAGGACCAUGCAGAGUCGGCAGCUGUGACGGCGUUCGCUGUGGAGGAGAUAAACGCUGCGUUUUAGACGCCGAGCUGGGAGCACAUUGCGUGCGGUGUGGAGCUUGUAGUGUAGCGGGCACGCCCGUCUGCGCUGUGGACGGUCGGACGUACGCCGGCGCGUGUGCUUUGAGACGCGCUGCCUGCGAACGUGGAAAAGCGCUGCCACUCGCGUACAAAGGAUCAUGUAUAGCGAACGCGACAUGUGCCUCUGUUCGCUGCGGCUCGGGUCAGCGCUGCGUAUCUGGUGGCGUGUCGGGGGCCCGGUGCGUGUCGUGCGGGGCCUGCGGGGGCGGAGCCCGACGUCCGCUCUGUGGCUCGGACCGCAGGACGUACUCGUCCUGGUGUCGCCUCCAACGGGCCGCUUGUCACGCCGGGACUGUCGUCGAUCCUCUGCAUCCCGGCCCGUGCAAGGGAAACAAAAAUAUAACGGACGGUAGUGUGACGGAAGAGAAACACAAAGAUGUGGACUCCUCGCGAGUCCUGUAGUCGUCGACUGGAUUUGCAGGGUCCAAUGCGUCUGAGAGUUAAGGUGGACAGACUUCCGACCGGCUGCGGUUUGCGGACACGACGACUGCAACUAGACAAAAAUAUGAAGUCCCAAGAAAGAAAACAACUUUGUCGGACAUCAGGACAUUGAAAGAAUGAUCUCGAUCAAAGUUUUGCGAAGUACUUAUGUUGAUGAAAUAGAAAAUAUCAAAAUUCUCUCCGGUCACCUAACAUAUCCUGGGUUAUGGGGGACCGUCCAGUACGGUACACUGAAUCCACGAAAACGACUUCCCCUUAAUUCCUUUAACAUAUCUAGCGAUUGGAACAGAUUAAAGAACUUAAUCUAGGGAUAAGGUUGUUGGAGUAAAUGAGCCAGUUUUACGAAUGUUCAAUUACUUACUGUAGGUUUAGAAAAUUCUCGAACAAGAUGCACAUUUUUCGACUAUUGUAGAUAAAUAAUUAUUGAUUAACACCUUACAAUAUUAAAUUGAGCACCAAAUUGUACUUAAUAUUUAGUAAAAAGUUAUAAAUAGAACUGUAGUUAGCACAAUAUUGGGUACGUUACUGAGUAGUUUCUUUCUAUAGAGAAUUCUUAUCUCCGUCUCGUGGAAUCCUGCGACGCGGGACGAACUCAUUGGACUGACAUUUUGUUUUUAAAAUUUAUUAACUUUUAGUAGAUACUGUAAGACUUUAGUUAUUUUACUUCACUUAAUGUGGUUUUAACGCUUAUGCAAUAUUUAUUAUUAAGUUAUAAAAGUUUUAGUGCAAUAAUGUUAUUGAAAAUUGUGUGAAAUUUAUGUUAACGUGUUUUGUUUUGUUUUAUUUUUUAUAUAAAUGUGUCACAGGAUCAUCAAAAUGUAAUACAGACAAUUUACUAAAUGUUUUACUUAAUUCAGUAUUAUGUCUAUGUAAGGAUUUAGGAUUAUUAUAUUUUUUUUAAUUUUCGGACAAUUAUACAAUGAAAUUAGGUAACUUUAGAAUUUAGAUGAAAGUAAUUUAUUGUUACUUUAAAUUAUUUCCAAAAUGUUUCCAAGAAUUAUCUUGUAGGGAUGUCUCUCGUGAAUCAUCGAAUUAUUAUGUGAUGUGCGUCACUGUCAAUUCAGUUUCUGGACGUCCGCUUAGCUUUAAAUAGUUUACAAUUCGGUUUCAUUAUUGUAGUAUAUUAAUCCACAUAAGUCUUAUUACUAAUUAGUUAUUAUUUUAUUUAGUGUCAGUGUCAAUUUAAAAUUUUAAGAUCUCAAAAACCAGUUAUCGGAUGUAACAGUGUCCAAAGAUACUGGUAUGGUUUAUUUUUAUUGAAUCCAAUAAAAACAUUAUUGGAUGUUGACUGCAAAAGAUCUUUCUGGUUAUAUUUUGAAUUAAGAAAUUUAAUAAAUACAUUAUUAGGUCUAAUGUAAUUCACGGUAAUUAUAGAAAAAAAAAAACAAAGAAAGCUAUCAUUUAAUUUAAGAAAAAUCAUAUUAAAACUUUUUAUUUUUUUAAACUGUAUAUUUUAUAGUUGCUUAUUAAUAUUUAUAGAUUGUCUUGUCAUAGAAUAUAUUUUGACUUUUUUUUUUAAAUAUUUAAAAGGCAUCACACAAAAAAAUAUUCAAAUUACUAACAAUUGCACGCAGGAAAUAAAAAAAAAACACAGUCAAAAAAUCUUUUAAUUCUUUAACUGGUGUAAGCAUAGUUUUGAACUGUUCGAUAUGCUAUGUAUUGUUGUAGUAACUUCAAUCAUUAGAGAUGAUGUAUAAUAUAUUGUACUUGUUUCUUCAUAAAUAUUUUACAUUGA